AUGGAUUAUAAAACCAUAAAUUACGAACAAGGGAAGAUUGAAUAUGGAAGUGAGGAAAUAUAUGUUUCCAUCAUUUCCAAAUUUAUCAACAUGACCUUUGAAAAAUAACUGCAAGAAUUGUACUUAGCCGUAUAAUUGCUUGAUUAAAAAAGGGUUGAGAGGGCUUGCUUUGUCCUCAAGGGAAGUGUAGGAUAGAUCCUUGCAUUUGAUUAUCUGUAAAAAACAAAUGCAUUAUAUGAUAUCGCCAAGAAACAACAGCCUCAUACUGACAGAGAUAUAAUUGAUUUAUAUCACAGAUAUUUUGACUUGAUUGAUGCCAGCAUUCAAUUGGCAGGAGAAUUGUCCACGGCUGCUAAGAAAUUAAAUCAUAUAGUAAAUCUGUUUACAAUCGAUAGGGGAUACCAUUUGGCCAAAAGAUAUAUAUAGGAAUACAGUAAGCCAAGUGAUAAUUAAUAACGAUGUCAAUAAUGCAAGGAAUGUGUCAUAUUUUGA